UUUAAUGGCUGACAGUUGUGCAGACGGCGAUGAAGAUUCUCGAGAUUCCUUGUCAAACGAAGAGGAAACGAUACAGGGAAAUUUACCAGGGACAGGCCAAGUCCCAAAGCAGUCAUUGAAACAGGAUCCGCAGGGAUGGGACUGUGAGUGUGCUGCGAUUCGAGCGUUCUUCUGCUUUCUGAUACUCUGUGUUGUAAUUUUACAGAGCUAUCUGGAUUACAGAGAAUUCCAGGCACCAAAGUUUGUACUUCGGAUAUUGGGUGGAGUAAAACAUGCAAGUCAUUUUCCAGGACAAAUAGAAUUAGGAGGUCGACAGAACAGAGGGAAUUUAAGUUGCAGAAUGGCUACAGACAACAGUGAUCUGGUCAAGGUUCGUCAAGACGGUCAUGUGGCUUUCGUGGUUGGUUACACGGGGGAGACUGGAAAAGAGUUGAUCAAGGCUCUGUCUGUGAUGAAACCCUUCAGCCGCGUCCUGCUGAUUGGACGACGUAAAACUAACGUCACGGAAAAACUCGGAAACGAAUUCGAAGAGAAAAUCGUAGACUUCGAUCGUCUGGAAGAGCAUGAAAACGUUUUCGCAGGAUGUGAUAUUGGUUUCAAUUGUUUGGGGACUACUCGAGGGAAAAGUGGAAAAGAUGGUUUUAUAAGAGUUGACCAUGAUUAUGUCAUAAAAACAGCUGAGCUUGCCAAGGCCAAAGGAUGUAAACAUUUUCUCCACGUCUCCUCAAUGGGGAGCAACCAAACCAGCUGGUUCUUUUACACGAAAACAAAGGGACUUGUCGAAGAAGAACUACAGAAUUUACAGUUUGAACAUUUAUCAAUAUUUCGGCCCGGGAGUUUAUUAUGUGACCGAGAAGAUUCAAGAAUCGGUGAAAAGUUUGCCGCUUGCUGCCUUUCGCCAUGCAUAUGCUGCUGUUCCAAAUACUUGGCGAUACCGACGGAGACUCUGGCAUUAGCAAUGGUGAGAAGAGCCUGCCAGCCGAAUGGCGCUGUAGAGAUUAUUGAAAACAAAACUAUUCACUAUAUUGCUGGGUGAACGUGGAUAUAUUGAAUCCCAUAAACUGAAUCAUCUCUGGUUCAUUUGGAAUCUAUUGAUGAUUGUGCAUUUUAACGCUAAGUACUACGUGUACAUUUUUCAGCUUUUGCUGAAAAUUACUUUUUUCACAUGGUGCUUUAGAAAUUACCAGGCUCUGUGUAUGACGAAUGCUUCUGGAUAUUUAGCGAGUUUAGGUGAAAACUUAAGAAAGAUGUUCCUAUGCAUACAUAUAUAUAUAAUAUAUUCUAGAUUUAUUUAUAUCGAUAUAUUUAUCCCAACCCCUUUUCUUAAUGAAUAGAUAAAUAAAAGUAAGUCUUGGAAAUCAGCUAGGUAUUCUCGCAAUUUUAGCAAGAAUUUUGAUAGGCUAACUCUCGGGAUUUCUCGUGUAAAUGUACACGUAUAGUGUUUUAUUGUUCAGUAUCGGGUAAAAGAUUUAUGUUUACAAGUCCCCAUCGUCGCAAGCCACGCCUGAAACGUACGCCCCUCCCCUUUCACCCGGGAGAGGAGUGUGCACUUCGUCUGUCCUCUGUUACAUCUUAGUUUUCCGGAUCAUUUAUCUGAUAAAGCAAACUGUGGAUUACCAAUGUAUGUUUACAGAUCGACGUUUAGUUUUGUCGCAGUUGAUUGAAUUUUACCAGAUUUUUGAUUGAUUGAUUGUAUCUUGUUAAACAUCCCUCUCGAGAUACGAAUGAAGCACAGGACUCGACGUUUUGAAUAUAUCUACAUGUAUAAUAAAAAAAGAAUUGUUUUCCCUGUGGAAUGAAGCGUUGUUUGACGUGAAAAUUAUAGUUUUGAAUAUUAGAAUUAAAGAAAAGGCAUAAAAGCAUUUACAAUUGAAAUUUCAAGACCAGACAUACAUGUAGUCCUGGCAAUUUGUAUAGAUUUGUUGAAUGUUAUUUUUCCUUAUAUUUUGAAUCUAUUUUAUUUAUUAAUAUACAUUUAUUUAUCAAUUUGCAUAAACCGUUGACGUAAAUAAAUCUGCAAAUAGCCCAUUAUAGCUACCGUUUUUCUGUUUAUGGUAUACAUGUUUGUCUUACAUUAAAUAAAAGUCAUUUGAUUUGAUUCGUAAAAUUAUUCUGGCAGAAUAUUACGCACACAACUCGGUCGUUAGGAAACAUGAAAUACCUGCAAAGUGCAUGUUUAUUCUGUUUUGUAUUAAAUUAAUGGUCUUUAAGAUGUUGCUAUCUGAAAUAAAGUUAUUGCUAAGCUA